UCUAUUAAUGUGAUAAUUUAAGGUAUUUAAUGAUAAUCAUUGUGAGAAGACAAUGAUUAAUAUAAGUGUUUUGAAAUAAAUUGUGGGAGGUUCUGGCUUAACCAAAAAAUGGAUAACGAAUUUUUAGAUAUUUCAACUAGCCUAAGGCUACAGCUAGCCUAUGGUAUUGGACAUAUAUUAAAUGAUGUAUGUGCAAGUUUAUGGUUCACAUAUUUUUUAGUAUUUUUCCACCUUGUACUUGAAUUCAGUCCUUCUCAGGCUGGAUACUUAAUGUUAAUAGGUCAAAUUAUAGAUGCCUUAUCUACUCCAUUUGUAGGCUAUCAUUCUGACCAUACAAACAAUUUUAUGAGUGCAAGAUAUGGCAAAAGAAAACUUUGGCAUUUGUUCGGUACUGGGUGUGUGUUAAUAUCAUUCCCAUUCAUUUUUAUGGAGUGUGUGGGCUGUACAUUGACACAUAAAUGGGCACAAAUGUUUUACUUUGCUGCUUUUAUUGUUGUAUUUCAAAUUGGAUGGGCUGCUGUACAAAUAUCUCAUCUUAGUCUUAUUCCUGAAUUAGCUGAAGAUCCUCAUGUUAGAACACAUCUCACUGCCAUUAGAUAUGGUUUUACAGUGUUCUCAAAUAUAUUUGUCUAUAUAAUGACAUGGAUAAUAUUACAUGUUACGGGAAAUUGUGAUAAGGAGCAAGUGGGACCAUCUGAUGCAUGGAAAUUCAGACAAAUAAUGCUCAUAGUUUUGAGCGUUGGCACUGUAGCAUCAGUACUGUUUCACUUUUCAGUGUCUGAAAAGCCAUCACGUAAUCAAAUAUCUAACAAUGAAUAUGGAAGUAGUACCCUACAUUGUGAUGUACUUCGCAAGUUCUUAUUAUAUCAAGUAGCUGGUAUAUACAUGAGCACAAGGCUCGUUGUCAAUAUAUCGCAAGUUCUUAUUCCGCUGUAUCUCCACCAUACCCUUGGGUUAGCAGCUAGAGCCCUGGCUGUAGUGCCGCUAGCAAUGUAUCUCGGAAGCUUGGCUGCAGCUGGUGUUCAGAGGUUGGCCCCAAGAUCUUUCACACGAAAACUAAGCUAUUUAUUGGGUUCUGCAUGUGCAUUGUGUGGUUUUAUAUGGGUUUACAUCGAUUCAGAUCAUAAUUACAAAGUGAAUUUUAUUUACGUAGUGGCUGUAUUAAUAGGUUUUGGUGGAGCACAAAUGCUUGUUACAAGUCUGUCCCUAACAGCUGACCUAGUUGGUGAUAGUACAGAAGCAUCGGCGUUUGUCUAUGGGAUAAUGAGUUUUAGUGAUAAACUGUCUUGUGGAGUAGCUAUUGCUUUGAUACAGAUGUAUGCGGAUAAUGGUGGUAUGUAUUACUAUCGGGACGCAUUAUCGUGGGUGUGUGGAUCAGCAACGAUACUGGGACUCGUACUUACUUUAGUCUUACCAAACCGAUCACACAACUCUUUGAUUGUAAAUGGUCCCUCGCCCAUAAACGCAGAUGAAGACGAAAUAACAUCAUCUUCAGAAUAGAAGACCUGUUACAAAAUCUAGAAAUGUUUUUUUUUUACACUUUUUAGUGUAAAAACUAGAUACACGUAAAUAGUGAGAAUUAGAUACAACGGUAAUAACAUAGUAAUAAUAGAAGACAUAUCUUUAUUAUUGUUACAG